AUAGAGAAUAUAUAUACUUAGAGAGCAACCACACUUCUUAUUGGUCUAUUGACAUUUGUGAAACUACAAGUUACAUCGGCGUCAGGAACACAAUUUUCUGUUACUGCAAUUUUGUAGGGUUUGUUGGUAACCCUUACCUUCCCGAUGGAUGCCAAGAUGUCAAUGAAUGCGAAGUCCCAGAAGGGAAUGACUGUCAACAGUCAGAGAAGUGUGUAAAUGUCCGAGGAGGCUUCCACUGCUUGGGAUUAAAUGGCAAAAACACAUCCAUCAUAACAGGUCUUUCGUCUAGCUUUGGAUUGCUCGUCCUGAUUUUCCUAGCAUGGAGGAUGUACAUACUGAUGGAGAAGAGAAGAGAGGCCAAACUCAAAGAAAAGUUUUUCAAACGGAUUGGAGGUUUGAUAAUGCAGCGACUAUCUUCACCCGAUGGGAACGUCGAGAAAAGCAAAUUGUUCAAUUCCAAGGAGUUAGAGAUGGCCACUGACCACUUCAACCAGGAUAGAAUUCUCGGCAAAGGUGGCCAAGGUACUGUUUAUAAGGGGAUGUUAGCGGAUGGCAUGAUUGUUGCAGUUAAGAAAUCUAUAUCGAUUGAUGAGAAAAAUGUAGAACCCUUCAUCAAUGAAGUCGUCAUUCUCUCACAAAUCAAUCACAGAAAUAUCGUGAAACUCUUGGGUUGCUGCUUGGAGAGUGAGGUUCCACUUCUAGUGUACGAGUUCAUUCCAAAUGGGACUCUUUACCAGUACCUCCAUGACCCGGAGUUUCCUUUUUCGUGGGAUGCACGCCUAAGAAUUGCCACCGAAGUUGCAAGCGCACUUUUUUACUUGCACUCAUUCGCUUGCAUUCCGAUUUACCACCGUGACAUCAAGUCUUCAAAUAUAUUACUGGAUGAAAAGUAUCGAGCGAAGGUAGCUGACUUUGGGACUUCAAGAUCAGGUGCCCUGGAUCAGACUCAUGUGACCACACUGGUGCAGGGCACGUUUGGGUACUUGGAUCCGGAGUACUUCCAGACAGGUCAAUUUACGGAAAAAAGUGAUGUGUACAGCUUCGGGAUCGUCCUUGUUGAGCUCCUAACUGGGCAAAAGCCAACCACUUCACUCCUUGGAGAGACUUGUAUAGGGCUCGCAUCCUCUUUCAUUACUGCAAUGGAGGAGGAUCACUUGUUUGAGAUACUGGAUCCUCGAGUUCGAGAGGAAGGUGGUGAGGAAGAAAUCAUAGUUGUGGCUAACUUGGCAAAACGAUGCUUAAACCUGAAAGGCAGGGAACGACCCUCGAUGAAAGAUUUAGUUAUUGAGUUGGAAGGGAUAAGGAAGAGGUCAGAGCCAUCUUCUAGCCUCGCACAACACCAGGAAGAGGUCGAUCAUGCUGAUCCCAACGAAUUCGAAGCUGACGAUGAUCUUUCAAUCUCUAGAAGAUCUGGAGCGGAUCUGGGCUCUAUCCGGUUAUCCGAUGGUCGCGCUCUCUUGACUAGAGUCACAUGGUGAAAAAGUUCGAAGUUACUUCGAGUCCGUAAUCAUCUGUUGUACUUGUACUGUGGGUGUUGGAGAAUUUUAUGUUUUUGUUUGAUGUUUUUGCCGAGUCAAAGUUUUUCGUACUGUUGGUCACAUUAGUUUGUUUGGUUGUUUAUAUGUUCCUAGUUUUAAGGGAGUUAGUGGUGUAGUGGGUGGUUUGAAAAAGCCUUAUAUAAGGCUGUAUUUGUUCGAUGAAAAGUUGCAGUUCUCUUCCCAGUAGUUUGAGCGUUCCUUUGUUCUUUAGUUUUUUAUUUUCUGCUUUGCUUACAAC